AAAAAACUGAGGAUUCUCACCAGAAACGAUGAGCGGUACUCCGACCGGAGUCCCCGACCUCGGAGCUUCUUCUCUGGCCGGAUGCCGUCUUUCCCUCCGAGCGUGGAAAAAAAACACCGACUGCUUCGUCUUCGUGGUUUCGGUGUGGUGGUGGCUACUUUCUGGUCUUCAAUGUCGCUUACAUCCGCGGGAUUGUAGCGUCCAGUAGCAUGGUUUUGUUUUUUAUCCUUUAAACUUUCACUCCCGGUAGAAAAUAGGAAGCGCUGCUGUUGUUUUUUCGUUUGCACAGACCAUGGCAGUGUGAGAGACGAUGGUGAUUACUGGUUGAUCUGAAUGUGUCCUCUGCCUGACUGCCACCACACAGCCGUGUCAUCAAAAUGUCAGCGGGGAAACAGCGCCUCCUAACUGUUGGUGCUGGAUAAGACAGGGAGGUUGUCAGCGCGGCCCACAGCGGCCCUUACUGGAGGAAAUGCUGCAGGCCUAGAUUGUCAGAAACACAGUCGUGUUCAUUGCCAAACACAGAACUCAAGAUGUCCUGGACAAAUGCAACCCUGCUGGCCCUCCUCGCCGUGCUUCAUGCACUUUCCUUGUCUCCAGAGGCCGACUCUGCAGCUGUGCCCAGCAGCACAGGAAGCUCUAGAGACCCACAAGGUCUGCUUAAGAAGAUCUUCAUGAAUGAGGCCGAUGCAUCAAACUUCUUCAGAAGACGCAGCAGACGGGGUGUGAAGUCUCAGGAUGAGAUUACUGCUGAGCAGAGGCAGAUUCUGGCUGCAGAUGAACGGAAGAGAGAGUUUCACGAGGAGAAGAGGAAUGAGUUUGAGAGUUACGCUGAAGAGGAGCACGAUGAACAAAACGAGAGGACCAGAGAGAGCACCGAGCAGUGGAGAGAGUUUCACUACGACGGGAUGCAUCCUCCCCAAGAAUACAACCGUCAGUCCAUCUGAGACUGAGAGGAGAGAGGUGACGCUGAAAGAAACACCUGUAACUACGCAAUGAGGCAUUUCUCCUCAGACCUUUGACCUUUGAAUGCGUAAAAGUAAUGAUAAUUGCAAACUUUUUCAAAUGGAUUUCUUUUGAAGCCCCAAAAUGUAGAAAGUUUUUGAAAUGGUAACCUCUUUGCCACAAACUGGGCUGCACAUUUAAUGAAAAAGACAUUGUUUCACACAGCAAACAGUUAUUUGAUGUUUUGUAUGUUUACAGCUAUGGAUGGACAUAUAUCUUGUUCAUUCGUUUAGGUCUGCAACUAACGAUUACUUUCAUCAUCGAUUAAGCUACCGAUUAUUUCAAUCAAUAACGAUAUUUCAUUUGGCCUAUAAAAUGUCAGACAACAGUAAAAAAAAUAAAAUAAAAUAAAAUCCAAGAUGACUUAAUUAAAUUUCUUGCUUUUUACAACCAACAGUCAAAAACUGUUAUUACUACUAGUUACUAUUAUAGUGGCCCAAGAAAACAGAAAACAAAGAUUACAUCGGAGAUGUUGGAACUAGUGAAUUUAUGGCAGUUCUGUUUAUAAAAUAACUUAAAAUGUCAUUCACAGACAAAGAAUUGUGCAGUAUGUUAUAUAAAUAGUUAAGUUACUUAUAGUUGUUGUCAGUUAGAGGUUCCCGUUAGACCUUAUGAACAAACCGUUGUAGGACUUAUUCAGGAUUAUAAUAAUAAUCACAGAUGAAAAUCCAUUGCAUUUAACAGCUGAUGUCUCUGAAACCCCCAAACAGAAGUGAUGUGUUCUUUUCUGUAGUGGACUUCUGAAACAUGUCAUCAGUUCAAAAUUAUGUUUAUAAGCAAUUCAGUCAUGAAGUAUUGAGCUGAUAAAACAAUGUAAAGUAUGGUUUUUUUUAGCUAUUAAGGAGGGCCCGGUCUCCUGGGUUAAAUACAUGUGUAGUGAUUUAAUAACACAUUACCAGAAAAAGAAUAAGUGUGAAUAUGCUGUAUUUACUAUACAUUUACUCACUUGUGAUGACAUUAGAUCUUUUAACAUAGUCAUAUAAAAAUCUGUAUUCAGUAACAUUCUUUAAAAAAGGUACAAAAUGUGUACAAACUAACUUAGAGAUCUAUAUUUACUCCCUGUCAAAGAAGCAACGACUCAUGCUUACAAGCCUCUUUUUUUAAUACAUGAAUCUCUACAACUCCAAAGCACAUUUCUGCAACAAUAUGUAAUACAUGCAUACUGAGGGUCUUUCAAUGCUUCAUAUAUUUUGCUUUCUGUUGAUAUUUUGGGGAAGAAAAUAUAUUGGGAAGACAAAAAUAAACACUCAAGGCCCAAGCUAA